UACUUGCUGUGAAAAUUAAAAGAACUGCCCUAUACCUUCAGUCGUCAGUUGAAACCCAGCAAGCAGAAUACCUUCGGCUCUAGAAAAAUCGACACUGAUAGUUUUUGUGACCUACUUGCGAUUCGUUUGGUUCACUGUUACACAGCAAAAGAUAUGGAGAGAAAUACGCAACCAGCUUCCUCACAUUCUGGAAUGUUGACUGGCAAGAACGGCAUUUUACUGGAAUUGUGCGUAUUACUGAUGAAAGAAGCAAAUUUAAAGGGUAAAAGAAGAGCGGCCAUUACAGGAAUCACGAACAUAGAUGUAAUGCCCGAUGCAAGAACUUCUUUCAGAUCAGGAGCCACUUUGGGCAUGGCUAUGGCACUAGCAAUGGAAGCGGAACCAAUUGUUCCACUAGCAGAAGUCAUUGAAACGAAUAUAAAUGACACCCAGAAAAAAAAACUGGUGGGUUCCAUUAGUUGCUUCUUCACCAAAAUUGAACUCAAAGAUGCAGCCGAAGCGAUGGAUAUUCUUGCUAAAGAUGAACAAUUGAAGGCUACAGUAUUGACAAGGAUCAGGUCACACUGUAUACAAGAAUUAAAUUACAAUCUCCAUUAAGGGUUUCAGCUGUCAAUGCUGUUCGUGCUUCCCCAUUUUUAUCCCCAGAAGUUAUUCAACGAUUGUUUCCAUUUUUUUAUUCAAUCUCUAGGAAUAAUUUUACUUGUUUCAAUGUUUAGAUAGAAGUGUGUAAAAGUGAACUAGUUUAUUGAUUUUAAUUCGUGAUUUUAUUUUUCAGCAUAUUAAAAAAAUAGCUUGCUAUACUGACAAAUGA